ACGAAGAGAACAAAGAUGGCGUUCACGAUGGCUACACGAACAAAGCCAGCAGAACACUAAAUAUAAAAGUUGUAAAUUUUAGUGAAAACAUUGUUAAAACAGUGCAAAUAAACGUGAAAAGGCAAUGUAAAAUUGUUGUACCAUGUGUAAACUAAAAAAGGAUUACGCAAACUAACCAUUGGCCAUUGCUGUGGAAGUUUUGUGUAAUUCAAAACAUACAUACAUAUGUAGUUUGUGUUUCGUGGUCAAAAGAAAUACAAAUCCGAUCCACACCUUUUAUUAUAACUAAGACGGUACGGUUUUGAUAAUAUUGUGAGAAAGUACAACAUAAUUGCUGCCAGCAUCAACAAAAAUUACAACAACAAAAUUUGCAUUUUGUGCAAAUUUUGUACCCAGCAUCGAUACCGUCCCUAACUCUUUGGUAAAAUGGCGACCAGCGAUGAUGAGCCGAUGCACUUGUAUGAAGUGUUUCAAAACUGUUUUAAUAAGAUAGCGAAUAAGCAACCCUCGGGCACAGUUGGAACUGAACGAGGAGGUGGCUAUCACUCACCAUAUGGAGGCCUUGCUGUAGAGAAUGGAAUGUACCCAAAUGACUUCAAUUCCAUGCACGAUGGCGGCAAUGGGAGCAACAAUAGGUUUGCGAAUGUAUCAACGGUUGAUCAGUAUUUUGAUUCCGGGGCAACCAGUAGCACUGGUGCCGGAGGAGGUGGAGGUGGAGGAAUAGGCGGCGGAGGAGGAGGAGGAGGAUGGUAUCAAUCUCAGAUGCAUAGUGGUCCUAGCUAUAUGAAUCAAGCGACUUAUCAAAACAACACUCCAAUAUCAUCGCACAAUUUGGAGCAUCAACAAGUGCUAAAUGCAGAUGGGACGAGUAUUGGUCUCCAAAUGGGCAACGAGAGCGGACACAUUGGUAUGCACAGUCCGGUUGCGACAUCGCUCCCACCAAUGAGCUCAUUUCGAGGCGGCGGUUCCGGCAGUAUACCCAACAUUGGAGGCCCCACCGUGCCGACAGUGCUCUCUCCGGCCGUAUAUAAUUCACCGCAGCACAAUAACAAUCAAACAACAGUGCAAGCUGUUGUGCAGCAUAGUGCACUUGGUCAUCAUUCCCUUAAUCAUACCCAUACCCCGCUACCUCAUGCACAUUCCCAUCAUAAUCAGCAACUUAGUCCUGCAGUGCAGAGCGCGGACAACUUUGGCGUUGUUGGUGGGAUCAAUGCUGGCCCCAAUGCGAAAGUCGUUGGAGUUGGUGCUGGAAUCGGAGUUGGAGCUGGAGCUGGUAAUUCUUCGGCAACAUCAUUGCGUCAACAAAUGUAUAUGUCGGCUGCAGCAGCUGAUCAGAGUAUUAGUAGCUUCAGUUCAAAUCCAUCAACACCUGUCAAUUCACCGCCUCCGUUAACGCAAUCUGGAGUUGGCGAUUCAUCUGGCGGUAAUGCUGGAUGGAGUCAUACUGUCUUAAAUAGUGGACCUAGCUCAAGCUAUGCCAACGAUAUGGUGCCUGUAACUAGUUUACAUACCAUGGCAUCCGUAUUUCAAGGUGCCCGCAUGGAGGAGCGCUUAGAUGAUGCCCUUAAUGUUCUCCGAAAUCAUUGCGAGCCCGAAAUGCUAUCAAAUGCCAUUAAUCCUACAUUGAAUUCAUUGGACAAUACUGAAACGUUAUCUUCCUUUGUGGCCAAUUCACCAUCGUCGCAUGUUCUUGGCGGCAGUUCUGCUGGAAAUGGUUCACUUGGGCCCAAUUCAUCGAGUACACUGGCGCACGAGGUUCUUUCAUUGGGUACAUCGGGAUCUGGUGCGACCUCCUUGUCCAAUAUUAAAAUGGAGAGAGGUGGAUCAACGUCAAUAUCAACAUCCGGCACAAAAGCAUCCAAGAAACGAAAGGAACAAUCGGGAAUGAAUAAUGUCACGCAUGCUGGGGUCUCAACCACAUCAAAUCUGUCAAAUCUUGACAUUUCGGAUGCGAAACCCACCAGCUCCGUGGAGCCAUCAAAUCAACAACAAUUACAACAGCUUGCACAGGGUAGCGGCGGUAAAGGUUCUGGUUCCGGAUCAGGUUCAGGCUCCGGUUCGAAGCGACCUCGAAGAUAUUGCUCGUCGGCGGACGAUGAUGAUGAUGCCGAGCCAGCUGUUAAAGCGAUUCGCGAAAAGGAACGGCGUCAGGCAAAUAAUGCACGGGAACGCAUUCGUAUACGUGAUAUUAAUGAGGCUUUGAAAGAAUUGGGACGUAUGUGUAUGACACACCUGAAAUCAGAUAAACCUCAAACAAAGCUGGGCAUUCUUAACAUGGCUGUCGAGGUGAUCAUGACACUGGAGCAACAGGUUCGCGAACGUAAUCUAAAUCCAAAGGCUGCCUGCUUGAAGCGUCGCGAGGAGGAGAAGGCGGAGGAUGGACCCAAGAUGGGUGUCCAACACCAUAUGAUACAGCAGCCAUCUGUGAGCGCCGUCGGGAAUAGCUAUCAUAGUCAGCCUUCACAACUUGUGCCAGCCGCAUCAUCGCAGACCCUAAGUAGCAUGUCCUUACCUGCCAAUCAGGCUAACAACAACAAUGUCGUACUACCACCACAUUUGCAACAACAGAUCGGCGGUCAGCAUCCGCAAUAGCACCAUGAUGCAGCCAUAAGCAAUGAUUUAAGGGCAUCGGCAUCAGCAUCGGUAUCACCAUCUUCCAUUACAACUCAAUUGAUCCACGGCUCUGCCACGACAAAGUACUCAACCACCUUUGAGUUAGAGCAACAGUUAUUAAGCAACUUUUUUCGACGUCAUGCGGCUGUCACACAAACCAAUCCUGAGCCAAUACCCCCAUUGCAGCAUCAUCUUCCCUUUUAGCCUAUUUUAUAUGUGUAUGUAUGUACUUCAGUUCAAGAAUAUAUACUAUAUGUAUAUACAUGCCAAUAUACAGUUUUGAUCAACUAAAUCAAUUGUAUAUACUUGUUUUUUCGAUCAUCUUUGACGGAGCUAAAUCAGUUUAUUAUGAAUUUCUAUUCCCCAUGGAUAAUAAUAUGUGGAUUUUUGCAUAAUUUCGUGCGAUGUCACCGUAGCCAUCUUUUCAUGCAUACAUAAUUAUAUAAUUAGCUCUAAGUAGGUUUAUUAACACACAACAAAAAGUAACAACAACAAAAAAUCAAAUAAUAUUAAUAAAAGGAGAAAAAAUCACACGAUACCCAAUUUCAUACAUACAAAAAUUCUUGUAUUCCCCCAUAUCUUUAGGACUUUAUAAAUAAGUAUAUGCAUAUUCAUUUUUCUUAAUCGUGUUAAAUGCUCGCAUGUAAUUAAAAACAAAACAAAAAUAAAUAACAUAAAGCAACCGAGUACUUACAAUAAGUAUUAGAAGGAAGUAAUCGUUAAAUAAGAUUAAAAGGUAAUUGUUAAAUUAACUUUAAGCUUUCAAAAAAACACACAAAAACAAAUGAAAAUAACAGAAAAAAAAUAAUAAAACUUUUAAAACGGUUAUCAAUUAUAUAAUACGCUAGAGUAGGUUAACAUUAAACGGAAUUUAUAAUGCUAUUUUUCGGGCAGCGUUGUAAAUUUUACUGACAUAGAAAAUAAUUAUAUUUGACAGCUUAAAUAUAUCUUCAAAUAAUUGUCAAGAGCUGCCAAAUAUAAUAUUGAUGAUAUCAAUGCUGCUUAGAUAGUUAAAACGCAAGCAUACAUACAUACAUAUGUAAUUGUUCGCCGAUAUUCAAAGAGCAUUCAUGGUAUUUGUAUGUAUGAUAUGUAUAAUUCGUAAUCGUGAAAAUUUACUUUAAUUCUUUAUUAUUCUUCAUUUAUUAUCACUAUGUUAUUAAGUAGUAAUAUCAUAAUAUGUUACACCUGAUGACAUAUACAUAUAGCUUGUUAAUGGUGAAAAGCAUUUUUUGCAAAAUUGUAUUUAGUUUCUCUUUAUUCAUACAUAAUUGCUCAAACAUUUCAAUUAUAAAUUGUAUAAAUAUAUGUAUGUGUUUCUUAGUAAACAAUGGUUGCCACGCCGAUGAUGAAUAAAUGAGGCAAAACAUAACUAAUAUACUCGUAUAUACAUAUACGGAUCUGUUAGCUAUAAUGUA